UCAGGCAGAUUCAAUUGCUGCAACUUAAUGCUAGACAAAUUCAGAUGGGAAAUAAAUUUGUACAUUUUUCACAGUGAUAGUACUUUAACUUUUGGAACAACAUACCAAGGGUUGUGGUAGGCUCUCCCACACUGACAUUUUUUAAAGUUUUUCUAAAAUCGCUGCUCUAUCAGUUAUUUGGGAGCAGUUCUUUGGCCUGUGUUAUACCAGGGGUGCGACUGAUCACAAUGGUGCCUGCUCAUCUUAGAAUCUAUGAACCCGCUCAUGCUAAUCUUCUCCCCAUUACAACCUUAGCUGUGCCAGGGCACUGUCCUGAGCCAGCAGUUCUUGGCACAUUCAGUUGCUAAUAAAACAUGAAAUUAAAAUCGUACCAGGUAACCUUGAUCGUUGCACUUUUUUGUCCAUUUCCAGGAUGUCCAUAUUGGGGAAAUUCCAGAUAGAGCAGAACGACAACAGUCACACCCUGUUUGCGUGCAGAAUGUAGCCGCAUUUAGUUCCUUGAGUAGCUCAUUGUGGGAUCAGUCACUUCUGUUCUCUCUAGAUCUGGGGAGGAUGGAGGCAGAAGUCCUGUCUAUAAAAAUCUGCCCUGCCACAUUCAUUUCCCAUCUGGGCUUUGGUCGGAGCAAUGGAUCCAGCUGGGUUUGGCCAAGACAGGACCAGGCGAGGAUGGAUCAUGCAGCAUGUUUGCUCCCUCCUUGCCACAGCACUGCUGGCGAUGAGCCUGGUGCAGGAUGAGUGUGGGAUGGAGUGGAGAUGGGAGACGGGGCCCUACCUCCCAUGGGGAGGAGAGAGAGAUACUGGCUUGGGGAGAAGGGAACUGGGCUAGUAAAUUAUAGGAGGAUCUAACACCUUCACGCUUCAUAGAUAUCUCUCCCCAUCUAGCCCAUAUGUCUGCAUUCACUCCUGAGCCACUCCAUUCAGAUCAGUGGGGAUUGUUAACUCUGGAACCUACAGAUGGUGCUCUAGCAAGUCAGAAUCAGGCAGUCUCUGGCAAGCAGUUGGUCUCAGGGCGCAUCUUCAGCAGUCAGGAAGCCAAAGGCGGGGCCUGGCCCUGGAAGGUCAGCAUACAGAGAAAUGGCUUCCACAUCUGCAGCGGUUCACUCAUCUCCGAGAGCUGGAUGGUGUCAGCAGCUCAUUGCUUCGCUCAGUCUGUAGCCAAUGCAUAGUAUCUGGUACAGCUUGGUGAAAACCAGAUUUUCAGUCAGAGCCGCCUCCAUGCGUUCUCACUGGUGAAGCGG